UGACGUAAGACGCCGAAACCUGUCGGCCCAGCCAUAACGCUACAUGGUGCCCGUACCCCUCCACAGUCUUUUCCCUCUCCCCUUCAUCCUCUGCUCUUACGUUUCGUCCCUGGCCUGGCAGUGAUCAGCAUUGCCGCCUCUUGCGCCAUCCUUGUGUCCUCAUCGGCCCCUCCGACCUCCUUCUGCCGACCGCGUCUGUUGUCGUUCUCCAGGAAGCCCGCUGAGCAUCAACCGCACACAUAUACCAAUCCACCCCCUUGCUGUCGUGUCUACGCUGUGCAGCACUUGAGCUUGUCGUCGCCCCAUCACACGUCUCCGCGGACCCCACCAACCAACCCCAGACGGUGCCUUGCUUCUGCAGCGCAAACCUGCUAGACUUUGAACCGCGACCCUCUCUACCACACAAACACCGCCACCCCUCCACCACUCUCACUCCCCCCCCGCGCCCGUCGCAGUACACACGUCACCGCAGACCAUCAUGGCUGAAUUCGUGCGCGCCCAGAUUUUCGGCACGACGUUUGAGAUCACGAGCAGGUACACUGAUCUGCAGCCAGUAGGCAUGGGAGCCUUUGGUCUCGUCUGCUCGGCCAAGGACCAGCUCACCAGCCAGGCCGUGGCCAUCAAGAAGAUCAUGAAGCCCUUCAGCACUCCGGUCCUGUCCAAGCGCACCUACCGAGAACUGAAGCUCCUCAAGCAUCUCCGACACGAGAAUAUUAUCAGCUUGAGCGACAUCUUCAUCUCGCCACUCGAGGACAUCUACUUCGUUACCGAGCUGCUCGGCACCGACCUUCACCGUUUGCUUACCUCCAGACCGCUGGAGAAGCAGUUCAUCCAAUACUUCCUUUACCAGAUCCUGCGUGGACUGAAAUAUGUGCACUCGGCUGGUGUCGUUCACCGUGACUUGAAGCCUAGUAACAUUCUCGUCAACGAGAACUGCGAUCUCAAGAUUUGCGACUUCGGUCUGGCCCGUAUACAAGACCCCCAGAUGACGGGAUACGUCUCUACUCGAUACUACCGGGCGCCCGAGAUCAUGCUCACGUGGCAGAAGUACGAUGUGGAGGUUGAUAUCUGGAGUGCGGGAUGCAUCUUCGCUGAGAUGUUGGAGGGCAAGCCGCUAUUUCCAGGAAAGGACCACGUAAAUCAAUUCUCCAUCAUCACAGAGUUGUUGGGUACCCCUCCGGACGAUGUCAUCCAGGGCAUUUGCAGCGAGAACACACUGCGAUUUGUUCAGUCACUGCCCAAGCGUGAGCGUAUACCCCUGAGCAACAAGUUCAAGAACGCCGAGCCACAGGCUGUCGACUUGCUCGAGAACAUGCUGGUGUUCGACCCCAAGAAGCGUGUGCGAGCGGAAGAGGCUCUCGCUCACCCAUACCUCGCUCCAUACCACGACCCGACCGACGAACCAGGUGCAGAGGAGAAGUUUGAUUGGUCGUUCAACGAUGCCGAUCUCCCUGUAGACACAUGGAAAAUCAUGAUGUACUCGGAAAUUCUUGACUACCAUAACGUCGACGCUGCCACUCAGGAACAGGAGAAUAACGGCAGCUAAAGCCAUGGGUCGUCAUUAGCA